CACUACACAGAGGGGGCGGGGCCAGACUGAGCGCCGCUCUGGAGCGCUCACUGCUCCGGAACAUGGCAGCUAGGUGAGCGGAGGAGACAGCGGCCGGAGACAUGGAUUCCCAGUCUCUGGACAGUUGCAUUCAGAAGACCCUCUCCUCCCUCUACCAUCCAUUUGAGUCCACUGCUGCUACCGUGCUGUGCCAAGUCCUGGACGUGGUGGAGAAGACCUACCGUGGAGAUGGCCUCAGUUAUCUCAUAGAUUUUUUGAUUCCAGUCAAACGUAUCCUGCAGAGUUUGCAACAGGACGCUUGUUUACAGUAUUGCGGACUACUCUUCCGACAUGCUGGGUGGCCCCUUUGUAUCCAUGAUAAGAUUGUUCUACAGCUGGCGUCCAUUGACUGGAGACUUCUCCAGCCCGGAGAUUUCUACCUCCAAGUUGUGCCUUAUUUGAGAAAGACCCCAAGGAUUGUGCUAAAAUGUCUUGCAGAGGAUCAACAUAACAUUGAGGAAGUGGUGCUUCCAGAGGUGUCCUAUACAUCCAUCUUCACCGUGGAAUGGUUGGAAUUCAUCAACUCUGAGCGGAUCGGGGCCUCGUUGGAGAACUGUCUCCUGACCUGCGAUGACCAGCUCUACCGGGUGCCGUGGGAUAUGAUUGUUCAUCCCGAGUUUGUGGAGAUAAAACCAUCAACUGAGGAGUCAGCAGAAAUUUUUGAAAAAUUUCCUUAUGAAAGUAAAGAGGGACCAACCCGCCAUCCCGUGGAAAAAUUGAUGGUUCAAGAUGAGGAAGCUGGUUUGGAAGCUCCGUCCACCAGCCAUGGUCAUACAACGGUUAGUACGUUGUAUGCCAAAUCAGAUUGCUCCAGUGAGAUUGAAGGAGAAUACGUGGAGCUACGUGAUAUUACAGUGCCACGUUUCGGCCCUCAGAAGGGCUCCUUAACUCAGUCUAUAGCCUUAAACUUCAAAAACCAGCACCAAAGAGCUAAGAGUAACCAGACUUUUAAUAUCUCAAGCAGCAAUAAGUGCACGGAGAGUCCUUUUCAUAGCUACUUGCAGCCAGAAACUAUUAUGGGAGCGAGUUCGACACAUUACGAUACAGACCAUGUACAGAAACCAGAGUCAAUUGGUCUGGUGGACAUUGAAUUCGGGGUCAGGGAGUCCUCAAUACCUGACUGCACACGCCUAAAUUUUGACAAUGGAGCUAAAAGUUUCCAGCAAGCUUUUAGUCUAGAAAACGAGGCCAUGUUGGAGGAUGCAAAGAACAAUGUUAUCAAAGAGUCUGAUAACAGCAGACAACUCCAUGAGCCGCCUGAUAAUUAUAGCACAUCAUUAUCGUUCCAGGGGGAAAGCAGAAGCCACUCUAGAGACUUCACUGAGAAUGGCUGGGGGGUGACAGAUGCUUCACAAGAACCUGUUACAGAGCAUUCAAGGACACAUGGCAGUCCAGUAGUAGCGGACAAGGACUGUUGUAACCAAGAACUUUCCAAAACUUGUGCAUCACACCCUUACACGGAAGUCAGUGAUCAAAAGGGGCCUCAAUUACUGGACAAUGAUCUGCUACCGGAAAUCAGGGACAGUGUGGAGGGUGCAGAAAACAGGAACAGUGUGGAGGGUGCAGACAACGGGGACAGUGUGGAGGGUGCAGGCUACGGGGACAGUGUGGAGGGUGCAGGCUACGGGGACAGUGUGGAGGGUGCAGGCUACGGGGACAGUGUGGAGGGUGCAGGCUACGGGGACAGUGUGGAGGGUGCAGGCUACGGGGACAGUGUGGAGGGUGCAGGCUACGGGGACAGUGUGGAGGGUGCAGGCUACGGGGACAGUGUGGAGGGUGCAGGCUACGGGGACAGUGUGGAGGGUGCAGGCUACGGGGACAGUGUGGAGGGGGCAGGCUACGGGGACAGUGUGGAGGGGGCAGAAAACAGGGAGGGUGGGGAAAAUAGGAGCAAUGUGGAGAUUGCAGAAAACAUGCACAAUGCACGUGGUCUUAGUAGUGAAGUCAUAGAACAACAUGAGCUGCCUGUAGCUCGGAAUGAGGCGCAGUUUGGGUAUUUUAAUGACCAAACUGUACUAGUGGUGUCUGAUGUAGGACAGGGUCUUGUCCCUGCUACUGAUGCCUGUGCUGAACAGCCAGUUCACAGCAUAGAACAAACCAAACUAGAAUUACCUUACUGUCAGGAAAGUCCCCCAAGAAGUCCACAGUAUACCAAGCAUGCACAAUCCCCAGCGAUGCAGCUACCUCUAGAGACCCUGCAUGAGGAUACAGAGGAGGAGCAAGGUGCAACCACUGGCCCCCCAGAUGUCCCAGGAAGGGACAUUAUUCUUCAUAACGUAUCCGUGAAAGGACAGACCAAUGGUCAGGAGAGGCCCCCAGAAAUAUGCCUGGAGAGAGAUCCCUCGCUAUUAAGGCCUCAUGGCUUGAGCUCCCCAAGUGUCUGCAGGAAAAGUCAGAGCCGUCCCUGGCAGGUCAGGGAUGUUAAUGUGGAGGUUCUGACGAGCGGCGUCAUCUAUCUGCCUGGAACACGGGACAGGAGUGGACGCGCUCUGGUGAUAAUCAACACUCGUGACACCUGCUGGUUAAACCCGCACUGCAACGCCGCUGAACUGGGGCGCCUCUUGUUGUACUUCUACAGCGUUGUACGGAGAGACUGCAGAGCUUUGGGCCUGACUCUGCUGGUGGACACUCGGAGGUGCUCUCCAGUACCCGCCUUAUUUAAAGCCAUUCAUAUAGUCCAGAGCACUAUUCCUCAUUGUAUCCAUGGAGUAUUACUUCUGACAGAGAAAGAUCUUGUCCUGUCCGUGGAGAGACCACAAGGAGUGCAGUUUGAUGUUCUCACGUCAGUGAAGUCUUUGCACAAACACAUAGAGGCCUCGCAGCUCCCCCCUACGUUUAAUGGAACAUUCCCAUAUUGUCACCAGGACUGGCUAUCAUUCCGCACGAAGUUGGAGAACCUGCAAGACAGCUGCCGGGAUGCCUGCAUCUUCCUGCACAACGCCAUCCAGAACAUGCAGGUCAUCGCUCUGCCCAACACGGCUGAGGAGGCCAGUCUGCAGCUGACGCGUUUUGGCCAGUUGAUGACGGCUGUGCUGGAAGAUGCAAGACUAGUGACUCUGCAGACAGAAGGGGGCGCUGUUCUGGCCAGACUGAGGAAGGAGGAGUCGUGUGUAACUCUCACAGAUGAUUACAGGGAAACAGUGGACAUGGCGGCAGAGCUGUAUAACCGGGUGGAUGAAGGCGUGCACAGUCUGGUGCGGCUGUCUAACCAACGCAUACAGGAGAUGGAGUUAGUCAUUGGCUUUGAAGCAUUUGAAGAGCAGUUUCACGAGGUCAGCGGAUGGAUAGAGAAUGUCGGCGAGCGGGUACUUGAGGAGUGCAGUGUCCUAGAAGAUUCUUUGGAGGUUCUUCUUCAGACACAAGGACAUUUCCGUGAAUUUGAUGGUGUGGCAUGUGAGUACUGCAAACGUGGUCAGGAGCUGCUCCAGACGGUGGACCGGUGGCAGAACCUCCCCUCCCCUGACAUUCAGAAGUACAUGAUCAGGUUGCAGAAGUGUCAGGAGAAGGUGGGCGAAUUCUUCAGGAGACUUGAGGAGUGCAGAAGCAGGUUGGAGAAGACGGUCAGACUCUAUCAGUUCUUUGACAAGGCUUAUGAAUGGGCAUUGGAUGGGAUGCGACAUCUUGGUGCCAUCAGCUUGGAUGACUGUAACUCUCCCGAGCUCUGCGUUGGUGCCUUUGAGAGUCUUGAGAAGUACCAGUUGCAGCAUCCCAUGAUCGGAGAGAACAAGUUUGAGGAGAUGAGAGAGCUCGCCUAUGAACUGAAGAAUGAGAAGGGAAUCAAACACUGGAAGUUCGCUUGGUCAAAGUGUCAGGAGGCUAGGCAAGUUUUAGAGAAGAAACUUGAAGCUGCACUGAGGGCAAAAAGCUUAGUGUCGGGAGAACAAAACUCUGUCUGGUCUCCAGCCUCAAAACAUCUCGACCUAAAAGUACAUUCAGAUAGGAACAUUAAUGUGUCUUAUAUGCAAAAUAAGCCGCUUCACUCCCCUGUCUGCGGCAGGGAGAGGAGACUUGGGAGAGUUCUGUCUCACCGACCUGAAGUGGAUCAGACACUCUUCAGAGCUAGCCCCCCUGGUUCCAGUGCCAGUUCCAUUGCAUCAUCAUCGGCGUACAGAAUGCGUAAACUGUCUCUUCAAAGUUCUCCCAGCGAGGACCUUCACCUAGAACUGGUGCACCAGGUGCCUUCCGGGGGCUCGACCCCUACCCCAUCCCGUCCCAUGGGAAGAAGGUUGCUAAGAAAGGCUCAGAGUUUUGACCUUCCUGGGACUGAUGUUAGCAGCCAUUGUAGUCAGCGGAGGCUCAGCGAGCCAGCUAGGAGAGGGAACACUGGUGUGUUCAUCAAAGGACUGGAAGUAAGCAGCACAGAGCUAGCAGAGCGUUCCUGCAGCCCCAGACUACCGCUCUCUUUGGACUGGUCAGCAGAACGAAUGCCGAGUGAUAGGCGGAGUAGUGUCUCCUCAGCAGAUGGACGGUGCCGCAGCAGUAAACUCCGGCAUAUCAUCGAUGAAAUGGUCACCACAGAGAGAGAAUAUGUCCGAUCCCUGUGGUAUAUCAGUGAGAACUACUUUCCGGAGAUGGAUCGUAUCGACCUUCCCCAGGACCUUCGGGGGAAGAGAGGUAUUAUCUUUGGAAACCUGGAGAAGCUGAGAGAUUUCCACAGCCAGUAUUUCCUGAAGGAGCUGGAGAGCUGCUGCAAUCAUCCUCUAAGAGUUAGCCACUGCUUUCUCCGGCAUAAAGACCAGUUUGGGAUGUAUGCCCUGUACAGCAAGAAUAAGCCCAGGUCAGACUUGUUACUCGCCAGCCAUGGGAACAUAUUUUUUAAGAACAAGCAGCGUCAGCUGGGAGACAAGAUGGAUCUGGCUUCAUACCUGCUGAAGCCUAUUCAGAGGAUGAGCAAGUAUGCGCUUCUCCUGAAAGACCUGAUUAAAGAGUGCGGGGAGGCGCAGGAGCAAGAGCUGGCAUACCUGAGGGCAGCCGAGGAAAUGGUGAAGUUUCAGCUGCGUCAUGGCAAUGAUCUUCUGGCGAUGGAUGCCAUACGGGACUGUGAUGUGAACUUGAAGGAGCAAGGGCAGCUGGUGAGACAGGACGAGUUCACGGUGUGGCUGGGCCGGAAAAAGUGUCAGAGACAUGUCUUCCUGUUCGAGGAUCUCAUCUUAUUCAGCAAACCUAAGAGGAUUGAGGGAGGGUUAGAUGUCUACAUCUACAAGCGCUCAUUUAAGACAGCAGACAUUGGUUUGACUGAAAACUCUGGAGACAGUGGUCAGCGCUUUGAAAUAUGGUUCAGGAGGCGGAAAUCCAAUGACACUCACAUUCUUCAAGCAAGCAGCGCUGAAAUCAAGCAAGCAUGGACAACUGACAUUGCCAAAAUCCUGUGGCAGCAAGCGACCAGGAAUAAAGAGGUCCGCAUGCAGGAAAUGGUUUCUAUGGGUGUCGGUAAUAAGCCAUUUUUGGACAUCAAGCCGAGUGAUGCAGCAAUAAACAACCGUGCUAUCGAUUACAUCAUGAAAGGGCGAGGGGCAAGGACCAGAGCCUCCAUUGCUGUGUCCUUAUUUGACCAUUUAGAUCCUUACAAGAGGACGCAGGCGCCCAUCACGUGUAACUCUGUACCUUCUGCCUGUGGCCCUUCUUCUGCAUCAUUACUGGGACCCCUUAACCUGCACAUGUAUGUCAACCAAACAUUUCUGCCCGGAGUGCUGUCCCCCACUAGAUCAUUUGACACCAGUGGCUGCUUAGAGGAAGAUGAGCUAGAGAACGAGACGAGCUGCAGCCAGCCUUCCAUGACCACAGAGAGCUCAGAGUCUUCUCACUGUAUGUCUGGGGCUGGAUCCAGCGGCUCGGACAGCGGUUGUGUCUCCAGUAUUCCACAGGACAAUCUGUCUGAAGAUGCCGGGUCUCCGUGUGACGCCUCCGCACAGUACACCUUUCCAGAAAGAAGGAACAGCUCUGGUGUCACCUCCCCGGUGGUGGAAAAAUCCAGAUUCAUCAACCGCCAAUAUAUCUCUGCAAAUCCAAGCCACAUUUCCCUAAGUCCUUCCACCAUUGUCUGAAUGUCUUCUUAACAUCCAGUGUGAACAAUUCUUCAGCUAUUGGACUUGAUGAAGCCGCGUCCUCCCGGAUCAUCAGCCCUCCUAACAGACGACUUAGUGAUCUGCUCACGUGUAAUAUUUCUCGCUCCUUGUAUAUAGUCUAUUAUCAGCUGUCGGUUUGUUGCUUCCUCUAUGGGACAGACCUAUUAAGCUGCGCAGUUUGUACAAUUUAUAAAAAGAAUCUUUUGCAAAAUAGAUCCUGUAUUUAAUAACGAACCCUUCCUGAUGAUGAACUGGAAUCUGAUGUGCGUCAUAUGUUAUUAUAGUUUUCCAAAACUAGAAGUAAUUUAUUUACUGGAGGUAACGCUCAAAUCUGAAUAAAACUGUUUUAUUCCUAGUC